UAUUCCAAGAACGCAUAAACAGGAGCUGGGUACUGAAACAACAUGUUGUUGGAUCUAUAAAAGUCGACUCCGGUUUUGAUUUGUCAUUUUUCUCAUCACCUCGUCGGGAUCAACAUCAGGAUCAACGAUGAAGUAUUCAAACCUACAAGCGUUCAUCGUCGCUGCGUGCUUCAUGUCACUAUGUGUAAUACAGGUUGGAGCUAGAGCUGAAAGAGAAAGGGGGUUAGUUAUCACAUUUCCUGAGAAGGUCUAUCUGAACUCAACCGAGAAAGUAUGCUUCACAGCAGCAAAUGUCAGCGGAGACAUGCAAGUCCGAGCAAGGCUAAAGCUCCCGGGUGUUGCACGUUCUUACAGCACCUGGAUGGGUGCGGAGAGUGAUGGAUGUGUGGACAUUUCCACAAAUUUUCCUUAUGAUGGAUCUCCUGUUCCAAGAACAGGAGAACUCGUUUUGGAGUGGUCUGUGGAACGAACGCCAGGUACUCUGUUGGUGGAAAAGACCUACAGGUAUUCGGUCAUUGUGGUCCCUUUGAAGCAAGAGACAUUUAUUCAGUCAGACAAGCCUAUCUAUCAGCCUGGACAGAAAGUUCUGUUCCGAGUGCUGACGGUGCAAUACCCUGAAUUGCUGCCUAAUACGGAAAACAAAAAAGAUGUAUGGAUCACCUCUCCUGGUGGAACUAGACUGCAACAGUGGAGAGAUCAGGUUAGUAGCGAUGGCCUCUUGGAUCUGACCUUUGAACUCUCGGAAGAACCGGAGCUUGGGAACUGGAUGAUACAUGUGCAGGUGCAUGGUGGGAGGACGACCGUCCAAGAGUUCAAAGUUCAGGAGUAUGUACUGCCCAAGUUUGAAGUUUCGAUCAAAACUCCAUCUUACUUGUUCCUGGGUGAUCCAGGACCAUUCACAGUGACAAUUUGUGCCAAGUAUACAUACGGUCAGCCAGUACGGGGGCGCAUAUCUGCAAUAAUUGCUUUAGAGAGUACAUAUCACUCAAGCGCCAGGGAAACCAUACACGUUGUUGAUGAGGAAGCUGAUGAGGACACAGGAUGCAAGGACAUUACUUUUGAAGCCGAUUUAACUGCACAAGUUAUAAGAGGGCGGCAUUUUGACCUUGAGCAGAACUUGCAUGUCUUCGCUAACUUUACAGAAAGAGGCACAGGUGUGAUUAUGAAUGCCACCAGCAGUGACACCAAAAUAGAGCAAUAUGACGUCAAAGUGGAGAUUCGAGGUCCUGAUGUUUUCAAACCUUUAUUACCAUACCAUGGAAAGAUUGUAUUGACUCAUCCAGAUGGCUCACCAGCAGGUGUUCAGGGUGUGAGAGUUUCACGGCCCAACUACCCAGCUCAGCUCCUCGAUACCCAACCCGAUGGCACGGUCGACUUUGUGUUCGAUACACCUCGCACAUCUUCAACCACCUCAUUCCGAAUUACAGCUGAACUACUUGAGUCGCUUGUUUCUUCUAUGCCCCAUGGUGACCCGAUCCGAAUGAUGCCACGGGAGACAUCCGAGUCCAAGGAAGUCAAUGCUUGGUACUCACCAAGUGGCUCCUUUCUGCAAAUCUCUGAUAUCGAAGGAACAGUAUCUAUCAGUCAGAUUGUUCCUGUCCAACUGGAAUUCACCUUGCCCCGGAAUGAAACACAGAUUGAGUUCUUCUAUAGGGUAAUAUCUGGAGGAAGAAUCGUAGCUAACGGCAGUUACAGUUGGACCAAGGAUGGCCAGACCACAACUCAAGGAGAACUGCCAGCUGUUGUUUAUUCUGAGCUCGUCUCUCAAAUUGCGGCUUCUACUUCGGCCUCCUCGCGAGCUAGACGACAACUCCGGCGACAUUUCUGGCCUCCCCACCGAAAUGGUCAUGAAACGAUUGAGCCUGAGUUGCAAGACUAUGCGACCAAUGGUACAAGGGCCAGCACUGUCUUUUCCUUUGACGCUGUCACCGAGAUGUCGCCAAAAAGCCAAAUCCUUGUCUAUUACAUCCGUAAUGAUACGGAGGUGGUCAGUGCAAGCACUCAUUUCAAAAUGGCUUCUGCUUUCAAAAAUCAGGUAUCGUUGCAGUUCCUUGAUGGGAGGGAGAUAAGACCGGGCCAAACCGCUUCCAUAGCUCUCAACGCACGACCUUCUUCACUGUGUGCUUUGGGUGUGGUGGAUAAGAGUGUGCACAUCAUGGGUGGGAACAAUCAGCUUUCUAAAGCAAAGGUGCUGAAUCCCUUGAGUGGCCUGAAUGUUGUCGAAGGAUCACAUGAUUUAAGCUGCCCAGAUCACUCAUCUUCUUCGUUCUCAAGCAGGCAUGUGGACAGCGCUGAAGGCUUCAGGACUGCUGGUGUAGGUGUCCAUACUGAUCUCAAGUUGGAAACCAGACCCUGCUGGGAAAGGAGAAGCACAUGCCCACCAGCAUGUGUAUACUUUCACGUGCCAAGAAGAGACUUUGAUUUUAGAGGAGGUCUACCAGGUCCAAUGCCCGAAGUUCAGCGUGGAGUUCAACAUCAAAUGGUUUUUGAUUCUCCCGUAGCAAUGGCGAUAGAUAUUAAUUUUGAUGAUCUGAAUGAGGAUGUACAACAGGCAGCCCCGCUUACAGAGCUGCGCAGCUACUUCCCCGAAACAUGGCUCUGGGAACUCAAGAGACUAGGGUCUGAUGGGCAAAGCGUGAUAGAAGAAGCGAUCCCACACACCAUCACUGACUGGGUAGCUAACGCCUUCUGCCUCUCCUCUGAGCAUGGUAUAGGCGUGGCGGAGGCUGCAUCCAUCCGAGCUUUCCAGCCCUUCUUCCUCUCCUACACCCUUCCGUACUCCAUCAUUCGAGGGGAGAAGGUCCCUGUCAAGGUUACCAUCUUCAACUACCUGAGCACCUGUUUGAACAUCCAGCUCGCCAUGACGGAGUCUUCCGAUUUCAGGAUUGAGGCCCGCCCUGCCUCGGAGGACAUUGAAGUGUGUGGCAACUCUGCUGAGACACUAGAGUAUGAGAUCAUACCUACGGAGCUGGGCGACCUGCCAAUCAGAGUUACCGCCAGUGCCAUGCCAAGCACUGACCGUGGUGAUACGCCUCCAGAUGACAUCACUUUCCCUGUCACGGAUGCUCUUGAGGACACCAUUUUGGUGGAGCCUGAAGGUGCAGAGCGAGAGGAGACUUUCAGUGAAUUGAUCUGUCCAAGUGAUAAUAGUGAUGGGGUGUUUGAGCAGACCAUCCCUCUUGGGCUACCCUCGGAAGUAGUUCCAGGAUCUGCUCGUGGAAGGAUACAGGUUAUUGGCGACAUCAUGGGACCUGUGAUGUCAAACCUGGACGGUCUGCUGAGGAUGCCGUUUGGUUGUGGAGAGCAGAACAUGAUCUUCAUGGCUCCUAACAUCUAUGUCAUGCAGUACUUGUCUCGCACCGGCCAGCUUACAUCAGAAAUUAACGACAAGGCACUCAAGUUCAUGACUAGUGGCUAUCAGCGGGAGCUCACUUACCAGCUCAGGGACCACUCCUACAGUGCCUUCGGUCAGAGUGAUGGGGAGGGAAGCACCUGGUUGACUGCUUUUGUUCUCAAGUGUUUCAGCCAGGCCCAAGACUUCAUGGACAUCGAUGAGGACAACCUGGACAUGACAAGACGCUGGCUGAGCAGGAACCCCCGAGACGAGAACGGCUGCAUUGUGAAGAAAGGGCGUGUCAUCCACAGGGAGAUGCAGGGUUCUGUGUUAAGUCCAGUAACCAUGACCGCCUUUGUCACCAUAGCAUUACUAGAGGCUGGCGCUAAUCCUCAGGACACCCACAUGGUGUCUAGUCUUAGCUGCAUCAGGAAUGGCAUCGAGUCUGAAGGAGAGACCAUGGACACCUACACUCUAGCUAUCAGCAGCUAUGCUCUGGGGUUGGGUGAAGAAUAUGCGACUCAGACCAUUGCCCUCAACCACCUGAACACAAGGGCUGUCGGAGAUGAUGGCCAGAGAUACUGGAGUAAGCCGGAGACCAGCCCUAGCACAGUAGUAGAAGAAGACGCCCACUGUCACGCUUUCUGCAGGGCCGACUCCUCUGCUGUGGAAAUGACGUCUUACGUCCUUCUGGCGUUCAUGAACCGGAAUGCACCCACUGGUGACGUUCUGGUAGAGACCAUGCCGAUGGUGAAGUGGCUCAACACGCAGCGUAAUGCCCUCGGUGGCUUCUCAUCAACUCAGGACACUGUCCUAGGACUCCAAGCCUUGUCUCAAUUCGCCAGCCUUGCCUACGACCCUGAUGUACCCCUUGCCGUGAAUAUCGACGUGGACGCUACGAGGGCACUCCCUAGUGCCCCCCAGGCGGUCAGUUUUGAGGUAGACAACCACAAUAGACUGGUACUACAGAGGGAAGAGCUAGAGGAAGUACCGACAGAGCUAGAAGUGACAGCUACAGGCAGUGGAUGUGUUUUGUUCCAGGCCGAGCUAAUGUACAAUGUGCCCGUUGCAGUUCCCAACCGUCUCCUCUUUAACAUAACUACAUCCCUCAGAGAAUGGGAAACCAACUCUAUCACAGACCCUGCAGCCUGUGGGGACAAGAUCCUGGAUAUCUGCGUCAGGUAUGUAGGCAGCGGUGAGGAGACCGGCAUGGCCACCAUGGAAGUCAAGAUGGUGUCUGGUUACGUUCCUCAUGAACAAUCCUUGAACAUGUUCCAGGAUGGCAAUAGCAUCGGCCUCAAGCGCUUCGACAAGUACAAGCCUGGACAACCUCUCUCACUCUACUUUGAUAAGUUUGACAAUGAAUUACGCUGCAUUCCCAUCAACCUGAAGCAGGAGAUCUUUGUGAAGGAGACCAAGGAUGCAGUCAUCAAGGUCUACGACUAUUACAAACCAACUCUGGUUGGUUUCAAGAGCUACAACACCUGCGAGGCUGAGAACUGAAGCAGAAGACUACAGGAAAGACAUAAUCAUCAGCUGUAGUCUCUUAGUGUGACAUUAUGUAUGGAAAAGGUUAUUGGGUUGUGCUGUAAAGUGAGGAGGGGAAAAAGUUGUGAGCUAUCCCAGUGUUUAUUUUCUUCCUACAUGUAUAUGGAAGAAUAUCUUUGCAGCAAUAUCACAUGAAAUGACCAUAUAUUCCAAAUAAAAACUCUGGACCAAAUUUUGAUGCCACGUGUUUGUAUGCAUUGUAUGUCAUAUAAAGGUAGAUUGACACUGGUUUGAGAUCAUCAAUAAUUGUGAUUGUGAAACCUUGUCAUGUACAAUUACUUUUAGUGUACCACAUGUACAUAAUCUACCUUUCACAAUAACUUUCAGAUAUUUUCUUGGAUAAUAGAAUCGCACGACCACAACUCGACUUCAGACUAAGUAGCCCAGACGUAUGUGCAUGUACUGUCAUAUAUGGAUAAAUUCAUAUGUACUAACAAAGUUGACUAACAGUGGAUUCGUGAUUAUCUUGUGUAAGAUUUGUAAGCAGAGUAUUUUGUUAGGGGACUCAACUCUCAAUUCAUAUUCAUUUCCUGAAGCACUGUGUAUCUCCGAAAUCUAUGAACAAAGAAAAAAAAGGUUCUCAAAUAUUUUAGGGGGCACUUGUUUACAAAUUUAUGCAAAUUUUGUGUGCUGUCUGCUAAAUUUGUUUUAGCUGUCGUCUGCAAAAAAAAUCAUUAUUUUUGUAUGAGGAGAAAAGUGCAAAAGAUAGUUGAAUGCAUGUACUUAGGUUUUAUUAUUUUAUUUAAGAUUUUUGUGCUUUUAAUGGAACAAAAAGUUGAAUCAUGUUUUAAAUUUUAAAUUUUAAAAGUUUUUAAAAGAGCUAAAGAAUGCAGUAUCAUGAGUGUUUAAGUUUUGAAAUGUAUAUGGUGACAAGUGAAAUACCGCUGUUUAAAUGACAUGUUUAUGUACAAGUUUCUUUCAGAUUUGACUAUUGACUUUAUAAUUGGUUUGAAGGUCUUUCCACGAUUAGAUUUUCAUUUCAUAAAUCUGAUUUUAAUCACGAGAGCCACAACUAUGUGUUAUAUCUACUUACCGGUAUAGACAAUCAUAUCUGGUUUUUUCAUUAGACUUUAUAGUAUACAAAUAAUACACAGCAGUGAGGGAAUUAGUAAGAAUUACCCACACAAGGGACCUUUGGAACAGUCUAACAUGCCUGAGGUGGUAGCCAAAGGUGUUUGCACUGUUUUGAAGGUACUGAGUGUGGGUAAUUUUACUAAUGCCCAAACAAAAUGAUGUGUAUUAUUUGUUUUAUAAAAUGAUGUUUUAUUUGUUUUAUAAAAUGAUGUUUUAUAACAUGAUUUUACUAAUGACCGGUCAUUAAAAUUGGAUAAUGCCCAGUCAUUAUCCAAAUUACGUGUUAGGCAAAAUGAAUGCCCGGUCACGUUUACGCUUUCAACCAAUCAUUUGAUUAGGAUCCACCUCAUCGUCUUAUAAUACCGGCUAUUGUAGGGUGAUUAAUGCAGAAAGUAAUGUAAAAAAGGUUAAUGAAUUAACAUGCAUUUGAGGAAUGAAAAAGAAUUUUCUUUUCUAUUCUAUUAUAUAAUUAUAUGCAUGUAUGCAAUACAGUACUUCAUGGUGCCUUAGAUUUUUUUAUCUUUUUCAAACUGUUUUUGUAAGAUGAGAAAAGAUGUCGCUAUAUUGGACAAAACCAGUCAACCUUUCCAAAGAAUUAAUCUUGCCGAAGUAAAUGUUUGGUACAUAUAUGUUUUCUUUGAAUAUGUUGAGUGAUAAAAUGGCUUGAUUUCGUUUUUUUCUAACAAAAAUGAGUGCUUGGUCUGCUUUAAAUUAGACAAUACCGCAGAGUUAUGUGAUCUUAGUGUAAAUGAUGAUACAUGUAUUACUUCGUACUCCGUCUGUCGUACUUUGAUGAGGCGUAUGGUUGCGCUCGUGCUUUUAUACACAUAUUUUUGAUAUCCAGAUUAGUCAUUGAAUAAAAUGAUGUUUAUACUUCUUA